AUGGCUUCCACUAUUGCAGUACCCUGGGUGCCGGAGCACAGUGGUAUCCCUGAGGUCCCCUCAGGGUCUAAAUCAUCCAUGCGAAGUCCUCCCCUCGACCUUCCCACCAGCAUAGAACGAACCUGGCCUGGGAAUAAUUGGCCCGAGUACAACGGGGAGGCAACGCACACCAUUCCGGAAGAGUGUGAGAGACUUUUCUGUGACAAACUGUUCAUGACAUUCCUUGGUGAGGGGACUGGCAUGACACAGGAGUCGCUAGGAAUGGGUGUGUUCCAAAAUAUCCAGGCAAAUCACAUGGGGCCCAUGCAUGAUCGAAUCUGCCGAUGGAUUGAAGUGUGGGACUACACCAGCGACGCCAUUUACCGCGGAUUUGUGGCAGACGUAGACGGAGAGCAGACUCUUUUUGUCUUCCUCGAGGACGGUGCACUUGGUCAUGGCUUGAAGUCUGGACUGAUAGCCCUCUUUGAACUGGCGGGGACCGAUGCCUUUGACUGUUCUCAAAUUGUCGCCUGUGUCAGGCGCUCGCAACAGACAAAUGAAAUGGAGCUAGUUCGAAGCCUGGGAUGGUGCGGAUUCAGUCUGACCACCCUAGGGCCAUGGGCCACGGGUGGUGAUUCGGGUCCAUUCCUCAGCACUAAAUGGCUCUUCCUAGUCGCGGAGAUCUAG